GAAAAUGGCGUCGCAUAUCGGGCGUAUAAUGUAGAGUGACAUUUCUCCGGUUUUCUAAGCUUCAUUUCUGAAAAAAUCGUGUGCUCUCCACUUUUCCAGGCACUUAGUCGCAGGACUAAAUCAUCAAAAUGAUGUCCGACCGAAAGGCGGAAUUGGAAAGGAAAAAAGCGAAACUUCAGGCGAUAAGGGAAGAAAAAGAGAGGCGUCGAAGAGAAAAGGAGCAAAAAGAUGUCGAAGAAGCAACAGUUCGGGCAGCCGGACCGGACAAAGACCAUCGGAAGGAGCUGGAUGCGAUGCUUUCCUCCCUCGGGGUGGCGCCCGUAUCUGACGUUUUAUCUAGUCUAUCUAGUAUGAACUCUUCCACACCCGAACAAAGCAAUAAUGCAACUCCCGAAGUUAGCCUGCAGCCAUCUAGUAUUAUUUCUGCUCAAAGUGCAAUUCGGAGGAAGAACCGAGAACUGACUGUCGUUUCUGUGGCCCACACAAACAUUCCCCCGAAAGAACCAGUAGUUUAUAGUAAACAAACUCAGACGGCUCAGGUGGCUCACGCAUCCCAUGACGGACUGUCCGCCUCCUCUUCCGCGUACACCAUCUCCUCCUGUUCAACAUCAACACCAACUCAUUCUUGCUCCGCAGGCUACUUUGAGACUGACUGGUGGCGUCCCAGGAAAGGUGGGUCUGCACCAAACUACCUAUACGAGUACAAUCUAAAUCCUGGUUUAGAAUGGGAGGACGAGUUCACAGCCGAGGAUGAGGAGAACAGCUUGCCCCACUUGGAUGGUUUCCAAAGCAAGUUACCUCCUGGAAUCCUUCCACAUGGAUUACCCCAGGUUAAAGAAGUUCAGCCUGCAGUCACACAGGUGGAACAACAAAAAGAAAAGGAAAAACCCAAGGAAGUGAGAGAACUCAGUGAAGAAGAGAAGCAAAUGAUUAUUUUAUCUGAAGAUUUCCAACGUUUUCUGGACCGAACAAGCAGAAUUGUGGAACGUGCUCUUGGAGAAUCGGUUGAUAUUUACACCGAUUAUACGGGCACAAUGGACGGAGAGGAUGGAAUGGACGAGAAGAGUCACCAACGUUUAUGGUUGAAUCGGUCCUUUUACUGCGAACGUUGGUCGCGUAAUCGUUGUGUAACAUCUUUGGACUGGUCUCCGCAAUUCCCUGAACUUUUGUUAGCGUCCUAUAAUAAUAACGAGGAAAGCCCUAAUGACCCCGAUGGCGUUUGUUUAAUAUGGAACACCAAAUUCAAGAAAACCACCCCGGAGUUUAUUUUCCACUGUCAGUCGCCCGUGAUGUCGUCCACCUUCGCCAGAUUUCAUCCGAAUUUAAUCUUAGGAGGAACUUACUCGGGACAGAUUGUUUUAUGGGACAACAGAGUACAAAAGCGAACGCCCAUUCAACGCACACCUUUAUCUGCGAGCGCUCACACGCAUCCAGUCUACUGCUUAAGCGUAGUCGGGACCCAGAACGCCCAUAAUCUAAUUAGUAUAUCAACUGAUGGCAAAUUGUGUUCGUGGAGUUUGGAUAUGCUUUCUCAGCCCCAAGAGAAAUUAGAACUGCAAGCCAAACAAUCAAAAUCGAUAGCUGUCACGUGUCUCGCUUUUCCGCACGGGGACGUCAACAAUUUUGUUGUUGGUAGCGAGGACGGAAUGGUCUACUCUGCGUGUCGUCACGGCACGAAAGCCGGUGUGACGGAGAUGUACGAAGGUCACCAAGGUCCAGUAACUGGCAUCGAUGCUCACGCUGUCCAAGGGGGAAUUGACUUUUCACAUUUAUUCCUCACAUCGUCCAUCGACUGGACGAUCAAGCUCUGGAGUUUGAAGGAAAACAAACCGCUCUAUUCCUUCGAGCACAAUGGCGAUUACAUUUACGACGUUGCGUGGUCGCCCACUCAUCCAGCCUUGUUUGCAGCUGUUGACGAUUCCGGCAGACUCGAUUUGUGGAAUUUGAAUCAAGACACGGAAGUGCCGGCAGCUAGUGUCAUUGUCGACGGAUGUCCAGCUUUAAACCGAGUUUCGUGGAUGCCGAGUGGAUUCCACGUUACCGUUGGAGACGAUACCGGAAGAAUUUGGGUCUACGAUGUUGCAGAACACCUCGCCCAUCCAAGAAUGGACGAAUGGAACAAGUUCUUGUACACACAGCAGGAUCUAAAAAACAACAAAGCAGACGAGGAAUUGGACAAGUUGAACUUGAGUUCAGGUCCUUCCUCUCUGACAUCAAUGUCCUCCAUGUCCUCGAUGCCAAUGAGAUAAAUAAAAUAGUCAAAGCAGUGCGACUCGAUCUUCGAUUUCAGUUUCACUUUUGCCUCCCCCAAAGGAAUAUUUCCCUGCCAGAUGAAAAUUACUUUUCUACCUUCACUCCCCAAAGUGAAUCCCGAAGGUUCUUCAGUUUCUAAGAGAAAAUGAUUCCCCCAAUCCGGAAAAGAUUUUUCCAAUAAAAACAUUAGCGUGCUUAUUAAUAAAUAAUAUUAAUACCGUAGCAGUAAAGUUCUUUUCUUACGCAAAAUGCUCAAAGUGAUAAAUAAUUUCGUCUAACUUGGAUUCAGUAAUAAAUAAUUUAGAGAUUACUGGCCCAAUUUCAUGAAACUUCGUUUAACGGAAUGUGUGAAUUCGAUCGAGUAAUUGGCUCUACGCUGCAGCUGCAUAAUUUAAAAUUGGUGAAUUUAACUUAUAAUCACGCUUGAUGUGUACAUAAUAUUAAUAUACGAGUGAUAAUUUUGCGAAGCUGUGAGAGACGACUGUAAUUUACAUUGUAUGAUAAUGAUGAUUAUAUUAUUGUUUCACGCAUAUUUAAGAUUUCAUUAUUAUUAGGUCUACAAAUUAAUUCGCUGCAUUUAUUUUUAGCUUUUGUAACUCUUGGGCAAACUGGAAUUUUUUUUCGUCCUAAAUUAGGAACAGAAAAAUGAAUUUUUUAUCAGCGUAGUUAAAUGUUUAACCACGGAAAUUAAUUUUCAGUU